AUGGAAAUUUCGGAAGGACAUGAUAGGAUAGAUGCUGUGCAGAACAACUUAACUCGAUGCUUAGACAGUUUUGCUUCAGCAUGGAAGCUUAUGGACGUGAACAAGAAUUUGGCUUUUGGCGAUGAGAAAAAUGAACUUGAACUGCUACAGACCAUCAAACGAGCAUUCAUACUCGAUAGUUUUAAGCUCAGCAAGUACCAGAAGGAUUACAAGGAUUGGGAAUCUGAUGCAAGAGAGGAGUUUAUCAACAAUGAUGUUGUUAAUUACAAUAGCGUUGUGGGAAAGAUAUCAAAGGUUAAUCAAAAACUAGAGUCGUCGAGCACUUUGUAUGAGCAGUUAUCAUCAGGAAUAAAGAUACCUGAAUUCGUAGUGAGUAAAAAGACUUUGGAGAAAUUUGGAAAUCAAGAUCUCAUUGAAAUAGCAAAUCGACAUCCAGAGAACAAUUUCAAGUUGUCGCAAUUAUUUUCGCUUAACCCAAACCAGGCCGGUACGUUAGUUCCCGAAUUUGAUAUUGUACAUGACUUGAUAAAUUUGGAGUUUCGUUUGCGAAUAGAGAAGCGUAUACAGCUUGAGAUCUUAGCAUCGAUGAAAAAUAAACUACAGAGCAUGAAUAGUACGUGGGUUGUAAGAGAUGAUAACUUGAAGGACUUUUUGAAUCACAAAGUUGCCAAAGUGGUUGAGCAAGUGACACAAGUUCGAGCAGAAAUUGAAAAAGAAAAGAACGACGAGGUUGGCGAGGAAGAAGAGGAAGAAGAGGAAGAACGAGAAGCUGAAGUUGAUAUCGAUGAUGAUGAUGAUGAUGAUGAUGAUGACGGAAGCUUUGUAGGCGAUGUCGGGAUACAUGAUGAACAAGAGGGUGAAAGUAGUAGUGAGGAGCUGGGAAAUGAGGUAGAAGAAAGCAAAGCAGAUGAUAUUGAGGUCGAAGCAGCUACAGUAGAUGACAACGAAGAAAACCAACAAGAACAAAGGCUGGGAGAUGUGGAAGGCGAAAACGAGAAUGAUUCAUCUGCUCUACACACACAAGCACAGAAGAAUGAUGAACCACUAGAGAAUCCCGAUGAUGAUGAUGAUGACGACGACGAUACAAUGCUAAUAGACGGCUAA